AUGAAGCUUUCAAUAGCAUCCAUAAUCCCGACGCUGCUGCUGGGGCUGUCGCCGUUGACAUGCGCCGAGAAGAUUCUCACGUCGACAUCGCUCAACCCAUGCAUGACCAACAGCAGCUUUUCCGCUUCCCUCUUCGAUGUCGCAUUUACACCGCAGAACCGCAGCAUUGUCUUCGACGUCGUCGGAGUUAGCAGCAUUACCGGCAACGUCACAAUAGAAUUGUUCGUCAGCGCGUAUGGACUGCAGGUCUAUAAGACAACCAUCAAUCCCUGCGACUCGAGCGACUUUAAGGGACUCUGCCCGAUGAAUGAAGGCCCAAUCACGCUCAACAGCAACUUCGACGACAUUCCGGCCAAAACGCUCGCGCAGGUUCCGGGCAUCGCGUAUACGGUCCCAGAUCUCGACGCUAAAGUGCAGGUAUACUUCAACUCUUUGGCUACCGGCAAGGCAGUUGCUUGUGUCGAAGCCGAGUUGUCCAAUGGCAAGACUGUCUCGCAAAAAGGCGUAGCAUGGGUGAUCGCCGUCAUUGGCGGCCUUGCCCUGGUCGCAUCUGCCAUCACAUCUGGUCUCGGUCAUAGCAACACUGCAGCGCACGUGGCCGCCAAUGCCAUGGCACUGUUUGGUUACUUCCAAGCGCAGGCCUUCAUCGGCAUGACGUCCGUAUCCUUGCCUCCGAUCGUCGCGUCUUGGACUCAGAACUUUGCAUGGAGCAUGGGAAUCAUCCGAGUGACCUUCCUCCAGGACCUCGCUACUUGGUACCAGCGCGCAACCGGUGGAACCCCGACUACCGUUCUCUCCRGUCUCAGCGAAGCUUCUGUUCGCGUUGAAAAGCGAGGUCUGGACGCUGCCUACGGGCUUGCGAAGCGUGCGAUUUCUGGUGGCAUGGCUCUUGUGGCGCGCUCCAACGCCGGAUCGCAGUCCACGGAUACUUCCACGUCUAUCACCGUCAGAGGCAUUGAGCGUGUCGGAUUCCGCGCUCGCAUUGAGAUUUCCAACAUCUUUAUGACUGGCUACGUCUUCUUCAUCAUUUUCGUCAUUUUCGUUGUGCUCGGAGUCCUCAUCUUCAAGCUGAUCUGCGAAGGACUUGUCAAGGCUGGUCGAAUGAAGGGUGAGAAGUUCCAGGACUUCCGCAAUGGCUGGACCACUGUGCUCAAGGGAAUCCUCUUUCGAAUCGUUCUCAUUGGAUACCCUCAAAUGGUGGUGCUCUGUUUCUGGGAGUUCACCAGGAUCGAUUCUCCGGCGGAGGUUGCACUGGCAGUCUUCACCAUCUUCACAAUGUUGGCUGUUCUCGGCUGGGCAUCGAGCAAGGUCAUCCGACUGGCACGCCGUAGUAUCGCGAUGCACAAGAACCCGGCUUACAUCCUCUACUCGGACCCCGUCUCGCUCAACAAAUGGGGAUUCCUUUACGUUCAAUUCAAGGCCACGGCGUACUACUUUAUUKUCCCUUGGUUGGUCUACAUCCUGGUCAAGGGCCUCUUCAUCGCCACUGCCCAAGGAAGCGGGGUAGCGCAGGCUGUUGCACUCGUUGUUAUCGAGGCUGUAUUCCUGAUCACUGUUUGCGUGSUGCGACCAUACAUGGACAAGAAGACGAAUGGGUUCAACAUUGCCAUUUGCGUGAUCAACUUCCUCAGCGCCGUUUUCUUGCUGGUCUUCUCCGGCAUCUUUGGGCAACCUGGCAUCGUGACUGGCGUGAUGGGCGUGGUCUUCUUCGUCUACAACGCCAUAUUCUCUCUUGUACUCCUGAUAAUCGUCCUGAUCGCCUCUGUGAUCGCCAUCUUCGCGAAGAACCCAGACACCAGAUAUCAGCCAAUGCGUGAUGACCGCGGAAGCUUCAUCAAGUCGCAGUCCCAGCUGACUACCGAGCUGGAUGCGCUAGGUGCCACUGCGCGCGGCGAGUCCAAGCACGGUUUCCACACCACAAAGGCUGGAGUAAGGAUUGACGACGACGAUGAUUCAUGGUCCGGUGAAAGUAGCGAUCGAUCCAAGGAACGCGAAGCCACUGGCUACACCGGGUAUGGGGACCCACCACGGAGUCCAAUCCACACAACCACACCCGGACUCCCGUCUGACAAUGGGAGUGCGAGGCAUCUGCCUCCCUUUGACAGAAGUGCCACCGCCAGUCCAUACGCUGACGGUGGCCAGCGUUCCUUUCGAGCCCAAACCGCUAGCCCAAGUCCCUGGCAAAGAGGAGCCGGAUAUGAGUAA